AAAAUAAUAGGACCUUGGGUAGUGACAAAGAUAAUUUUAGAGUAAUAUGAAAGGCAUUUGGUGUUAAAAUUGGAGAGUGACUUUGGACUCUGUUGGAGUCUUACUGCAGUCAAACAGGAAAGGCUUAGGAGGAACUUGAUGUUUUCUAGAGAAGAGGUUAUUUUGCAUAUUUUUCAGGCUGCGAGGAUCAUUGUAUAGAAGUAUUGUGACAUUGACUUGCCCAUUAUAGAAGAAAAUUCUGAGUUACUCUAUAAAGGAAAGAGCUAAUGUGUUAAGUUUGCUUUCUGUACAAUGCAGGGGCUGGUUGAUCCCCAGUGAGAUUUCAUAAAGGAAUUCCUGCAUUAAAUAGUAGAUGGGAUGAGGUGAUCUCUAAGUAUACUUCUAAUUUAAAGAUUAAUAUAAUCCUGUGGCUCACAGUAGGACUUGCAGCGAACCACCCACAGUAUGUUUUUCUAUAACAAACAUCUAUUUUAUUUACAAAAAGGAUAGUCCAAAAUAUUCCCGUUUAUUUGUACUUUGAGAAGGUUUGCACCAGUGGUAGGAAUGUGUUGUUUAGUGUUUUUCAGUUUCUCCUUAACCUUCAUAAUCAUGGAGCUUAUAUUUGGAAAAAUCCGUAUCAUAAGCAUGUUUUAUUUUUUUUAAGUGACAUAGCUUCUGGGAAGUUCUUAUAGUAGGAAUUCUGCUAUGUCUUUGCUCUCUUAAUUUUAACCAUUUUAGCUAACGGUCAUUGUGGUAAGCUUUCCAGAAGAGACAAACCUAAAAACUAGAAGGUUGGUUUGUAGAUGGAGAUUGAUGGCUUCUUAUUUUAUGCUUGUGCUACAGUAUGUAUAUGCUUUAGAUUUCAGAAGAAGGUGGAAGCUUCCUCUUCUAAAACAGUCCUGACCCGAGGAACGGAUAACCGGUACCUGGUAUUAGCAGUCAAUAUCGUGCAUAAUGAAGAAGGAAGCCAUGAAAAGCAUCUAAUCAUCACUGCUUCCCAGUCGCUAGAAUAUAAAGAAUUUUGCAUCCUUAGGAAUGACUGGUGCUCUGUACCAGUAGAGCCAGGGGACAUCAUUCAUUUGGAGGGAGACUGCACAUCUGAUACUUGGAUAAUAGAUGAAGAUUUCGGAUAUUUGAUUCUGUAUCCAGACAUGCUGAUUUCUGGCACAAGCAUAGCCAGUAGUAUUCGAUGCAUGAGAAGAGCUGUUCUGAGUGAAACUUUCAGGAGCUCUGAUCCAACCACACACCAAAUGCUGAUUGGUACAGUUCUCCACGAAGUAUUUCAGAAAGCAAUAAAUGAUAACUUUGCCCCAGAAAAGCUACAAGAACUUGCUUUUCAAACUGUUCAAGAGAUAAGGCAUCUGAAGGAAAUGUACCGCUUAAAUUUGAAUGAAGAUGAAGUAAAACAAGAAGUAGAAGAGUAUCUUCCUUCGUUUUCUAAAUGGGCUGAAGAUUUCAUGCAUAAAUACACUUCAACAGACUUCCCGCAGAUGCAGCUCUCUUUGCCAAGUGAUGGUAGUAACAACACAGCAUGCAAUAUUGAAGUCGUGAAAUCACUGGAUAUUGAAGAAAGCAUUUGGUCCCCUAGAUUUGGAUUAAAGGGCAAAAUAGAUGUUACAGUUGGUGUGAAAAUUCAUCGAGGAUGUAAAGCGAAAUAUAAAGUAAUGCCACUGGAACUUAAAACCGGCAAAGAAUCAAAUUCUAUUGAACACCGUAGUCAGCUGGUUCUGUAUACACUGCUAAGUCAAGAGAGAAGAGCUGAUCCGGAGGCUGGCCUGCUCCUCUACCUUAAGACUGGCCAGAUGUACCCCGUGCCUGCGAAACAUCUUGAUAGAAGAGAAUUAUUAAAACUAAGAAAUCAGAUGGCAUUCUCUUUGUUUCACCGUAUUAGCAAGUCUUCUACUGGAAAGGAGAAGACAGAGCUUGCUCCUUUGCCACAAAUAAUUGAGGAACAGCAAACCUGUAAAUAUUGUUCACAAGUGGGCAACUGUGCUCUUUAUAGCAGAGCUGUCGAACAACAGAUGGAUGACAGUUCAGUCCCGGUUGGCAUGCUGCCCAAAAUAAAAGAGGAAACCCAGCACCUUAAGCUUGCACACUUAGAGUAUUUCAGCCUUUGGUGUCUAAUGUUAACUUUGGAGUCACAAUCAAAGGAUAAUAAGAAGAAUUACCAAAAUAUAUGGUUGAUGCCUUCUUCAGAGAUGGAGCAGAGUGGCAACUGCAUUGGAAACCUGAUUAGAACAGAACAUGUGAAGACAGUUUGUGAUGGACAAUAUUUACAUAAUUUCCAGCGUAAAAAUGGUGCCAUGCCUAUCACAAAUCUAAUGGCAGGCGACAGAAUCAUUUUAAGUGGUGAAGAGAGAACACUAUUUGCUUUGUCUAGGGGGUAUGUGAAGGAGAUUAACAUGACAACAGUGACCUGUUUAUUAGACAGGAACUUGUCAGUACUCCCGGAAUCAACUUUGUUCAGAGUGGACCAGGAAGAAAAAAAUUGUGAUAUAGAUACCCCAUUAAGAAAUCUUUCCAAAUUGAUGAAAAAUACUGAUGCCAGCCAAAAACUUCGAGAUAUAAUCAUUGACUUCCGUGAACCCCAGUUUAUAUCCUACCUCAGUUCUGUUCUUCCACAUUAUGCAAAGGAUACAGUUGCCUCUAUUCUAAAAGGUUUGAAUAAGCCCCAGAGGCAAGCAAUGAAAAAGGUACUUCUUUCCAAAGACUACACACUCAUCGUGGGCAUGCCUGGAACAGGAAAGACCACUACAAUAUGUACUCUUGUAAGAAUUCUGUAUGCCUGUGGCUUUAGUGUUUUGUUGACCAGUUAUACACACUCUGCUGUUGACAAUAUUCUUUUGAAGUUAGCGAAGUUUAAAAUAGGAUUUUUGCGCUUGGGUCAGACUGAGAAGGUACAUCCAGGCAUCCAGAAAUUUACAGAGGAGGAAAUUUGCAGAUCAAAGUCCAUUAAAUCCUUAGCCCUUCUAGAAGAACUCUACAAUAGUCAACUUAUAGUUGCAACAACAUGUAUGGGAAUAAACCAUCCAAUAUUUUCCCGUAAAGUUUUUGAUUUUUGUAUUGUGGAUGAAGCCUCUCAAAUUAGCCAACCUGUUUGUCUAGGGCCACUUUUUUUUUCACGGAGAUUUGUGUUGGUGGGGGAUCAUCAGCAGCUUCCUCCCCUGGUGCUAAACCGUGAAGCAAGAGCUCUUGGCAUGAGUGAAAGCUUAUUCAAGAGGCUGGAGCGGAAUGAAAAUGCUGUCGUACAAUUAACUGUUCAGUACAGAAUGAAUAGUAAAAUUAUGUCCUUAAGUAAUAAACUGACAUAUGAAGGAAAGCUGGAAUGUGGGUCGGACAAAGUGGCCAACGCAGUGAUAAACCUACCUAACUUUAAAGAUGUGAAGCUGGAGCUGGAAUUUUAUGCUGAUUAUUCUGAAAAUCCUUGGUUGAUUGGAGUAUUUGAACCAAACAAUCCUGUUUGUUUUCUUAAUACAGACCAGGUACCAGCACCAGAACAAGUUGAAAAGGGUGGUGUGAGCAAUAUAACAGAAGCCAAACUCAUAGUUUUCCUGACCUCAACUUUUAUUAAGGCUGGAUGUAAUCCCUCUGAUAUUGGUAUCAUUGCACCAUAUAGGCAGCAGUUAAAGAUCAUCAAUGAUUUAUUGGCACAGUCUUCUGUUGGGACAGUUGAAGUUAAUACAGUAGACAAGUACCAAGGAAGAGACAAAAGUAUCAUUCUGGUAUCUUUUGUUAGAAGUAAUCAAGAUGGAACUCUUGGUGAACUCUUGAAAGAUUGGAGACGUCUUAAUGUUGCUAUAACCAGAGCCAAACAUAAACUGAUUCUCCUGGGAUGUGUGUCCUCGCUAAACCGCUAUCCUCCUUUGGGGAAGCUACUUUGUCAUCUAAACUCAGAAAAAUUAAUCAUUGAUCUUCCAUCAGGAGAACAUGAAAGCCUUUGUCAUGUACUGGGUGAUUUUCAAAGAAGGUGAAGCACUGUUUUCCUAGUUUUUUUCAUACUAGCAUAGUGAUCUCCUAACAAUUGCCUAUUAUUAGUAAUUUGGACAUGCUGUAAAAUCAGUGCCUGGUUAGGUUGAGGAGAUAACUUUUAUCCCAAGGGUAUGAAAUGAUGUAAAUGUACUCCCUUUCAGAGUUCCAGUUGUUAUUUUUUUACUUUUACUUUUGGUAUAAUCUUGUUAAACAUAAAGAUCUAUCAUCAUACACAACUUAACAGUAUUUUUUCAGUACAGGUGUACCCAAAACUGAAAAGCCUAAAUUUAUAGUACUAUAUAUGUAUUUUUGUGUGACCUACAAAGAAUAUGCUAAAUGUUUACCUGCUUUAGAGAUGUAUAUUUUUGGGAUCUGGGUGUAAAAUUUCAGGAUUAAUUUGAUUUUGUAGAUUAUUACCAUAUUUUGUUUAUUUGAAAUACAGGUAAAGAAAUUUGAUUUGUUUUUAUAAUUUAAGCACAGUCUUGUGGUGAUGAGGACAUAGAUGUUUGUGUUUUCUACAUUUUGAGGUCCCUGAUCCAAAGGCCAUUUUGCUGUUUUUACCCUGACGUUUGCUUUCUGAUGUCAGAUAUGUUUUCACUUGAAACUUAGUCUUUUAAAUUGAUUAUUUUAAAUUAAUUUCUGAUUCUCUCUUACUGUUCCAUUUAUUUUUAGUAUUCAGUAUUCUAGAGUAGAUUUUGAUAUAAAAGAAAAUAAUUCGUGUUCUUCUUUAGAAAAGAGAUUUUGUUUGCUGAACUGAUGACAAAUUAAAAAUGUAUAUCCCUGUUUUCACCUA